AUGCUAUUCAGGGCCAUCGACAGCAAGACUCAUCCAUAUGGGCAGAUUGGCAUCAUGUCACUCAAUAGACCUAAGGCCAAUGCAUUAUCCAAAGGCUUAAUAGAAAGUAUGAUUACUAUCCUGCAAGAGGUAGAGCGAAAUGAUCGCAUCCGCGGCAUUAUUUUGGAGUCUUCAUCUCGCGGCAUGUUUUGCGCAGGGGCAGACUUGGUCGAGCGUCGGAACAUGACGCCUGUGCAGGUAGACACAUUUCUCAAAGACAUGAGAGGCGCAAUGAAGAUGCUCGAAGUCAUUGGCGUGCCGACCAUUGCGGUCGUUGAUGGCCAUGCGCUAGGUGGUGGACUGGAAUUGGCGCUCUGCACUGACUUGCGUGUUACUGGACCUCUUGCCAAAUUGGCUUUGCCAGAAACGCGACUUGGCAUUAUUCCUGGUGCCGGUGGUACUCAACGCUUGACACGUCUUAUUGGGCCGAGCAAGGCCAAGGACUUGAUGUUCUCUGCAAGAUCGGUGGAUGCUGAAACAGCUCUCAAAUUAGGCAUCGUGGAUUAUGUCGCUGAGGACCCUCUCCAAAAGGCCAUCGACUUGAUGGAGCAGUACAUUCAAAACUCACCCGUCGGUAUUCGCAAUGCCAAGAAGGCUGCUGGCUACGCUUCUGCGCAUCACGAUGGUCCGGCUGGGUACCACCUCGAGGCAGGACUGGACUUUGAGCGCUUGUGCUAUGCGGAUUGCCUUGACAAGCCCGACAGAGACGAAGGUCUCCUCGCUUUCAAAGAGAAGAGAAAGCCAGUGUAUGGCAUGCCCAAGGCCUCUGCCAAGUUGUAG